AUGUCACAAACACGGAUCCACGACGGACAGGAUCGAAUACGCGCGGCUGAAGCCAAGCGAAUCACCGCCCACCAUGCGCAGCAAUUAGCAGAGCGGGUCGAAUCCGUCAUUAAGAUGGAAGAGGACAAAGUGAAGGCGUGGUUGGAGAAGGAGAAGAAAGCCAGUGAAGAAGAGGAGCGUUUAGCGAAAGCGGCGGGGCUGAAGAGGCGCUUAAAGGAAGAAAUGAAGAAAGAGGAACGGAAGAGAAAGGAGGCAGAAGAGGCGCAGAGGCUAGUGGAUGAGCAAAAGCAAAAGGAGGAAAAAGAGAAACGUGUCCGAAUAACAGAGGAAAAAGAGAAAACGGAGAGGCUCAAGGCUGAAGAAGAACAGCGAAACGCAAUGGGGAUGACAACGGCCAAGCAUGAUUGA